GAGAAGGAGGAGAAGGAGGAGAAGGAGGAGAAGGAGGAGAAGGAGGAGAAGGAGGAGAAGGAGGAGAACGAGAGAAGGAGGAGGAGGAGAACGAGAAGGAGGAGUAUAAUACUAACUCUCCUUCUUACUUUCUACUUUAGGAAUCUGUGA